AUGCUGGUGGUGCAACGUGGAAAGUUGAACUUCCAGUGGGUGACGGUAAGCUGCCGUGAUAUGGCAAAGGCUGGUUCCCAAGCACUGCAACUGAAAAAGUACCUGAAACAUGAGAAAAUGUGCUACGCUUCCUUCCCGCGGGACAGGAAGUUUGUUCACGGGGUUGCGACGACUCUUUUCAUCUAUCGCAAUAUCUGUAUAUUCCUUCCCAGCUGA